UCUGGAAUCUCUUAAAAAUGUAUUCAAAAAUCUAUUCGUAGAAUAAAGAAAGAUUCAAUUGACCAAUCAGGGAACAAAAAAAAUCUUUAUCCUGAUUGGUCAAUUACAUGAAACUCUACUCCACGGAUAGAAUUUUUGAUCGCACUUCUACAUUGACAGUAACGGUCGGUAAUAUCAGCAUUCUUCCAUUAAUACUGGGUUCAAUAAUCUCGGAAUUGUUUAUCAGCUGUUUUAUAUUUCAAAAACGCAUGAAUGGAAUUUUCAAGUUGUCAAAUUAUGCACUUGGAAUAUAAGUGUGAUCGAGUUACUGUAUAAAUAAAAUAAAAUAUUAUAAAUUUAUGAUGUCUGCCACGAUGACUAUUCGCGUGAAUCGCUUUGCUUUUCACGUAUACAAGCGCAAUAAAGCAAUCAUUAACCAAAGAUAUGGGAUUAGACACAAUUCUGACCAAGUUGGCGGCAAGACAUUAGAACUUUUAAACGAUAGAAGUAUACUACGUGUAAGUGGCAAUGAGGCCUCUGCCUUCCUGCAGGGAUUAAUCACAAACGAUAUGAAGCAUCUUGCAGAAGGGGCAUCUAAUAUUUACACUUUGUUCUUGAACAUUAAAGGCAGAGUAAUGUACGACGCUAUAGUGUACAAGAGUGAAGAAAGUAACAUGUAUUACAUAGAAUGUGAUUCGCAAGUUGUUGACUCUUUACAGAAACACUUGCAGAUGUACCGUGUAAGACGAAAAAUAGAUAUAAAACACAUAGGCGAUAAAAUCAAUGUCUGGUCAAUGUUCAAUUCCACUAAACUUUUUGAUAAUGGAACUACAGUGAAUGAAAGUGAAAAGCGCAAAUUGGAAGGAAUGAUAUUUCCAUGUGGUACGCUAAAUAGUAAAGCCAGCAAAUUUAUCGAUAAUAUUAUGAUAUACGAAGAUCCAAGAUUACCCGAUUUAGGUCUCAGAAUUUUAGCCGAAUCGCAUAUUGACAAACAUGAAAUAAUAAAACAUUUAGACUUUGAUGUAUCCUUAUCUAAGAAUGUCGAGAAUUACAAAGCACUUCGAUAUAAAUUAGGAAUAGGGGAAGGUGUACAUGAUUUACCACCUGCAAAAGCAUUACCUCUGGAAAUCAAUUGUGAUUACUUGCAUGGCAUAAGCUUUCACAAAGGUUGUUAUAUUGGUCAGGAAUUAACUGCACGAACAUAUCAUACAGGCGUGGUCAGAAAGCGCCUAAUGCCCUUAGUAUUUGAUAAUAUCAUAGACAAACCGCUUCCAUAUGACGAAAAAAUUCUCAACGAGUCUAACAAUGUGGUAGGAAAGUUUCGGGGAUAUAUCUACAAGUAUGGAUUAGCUUUAAUGCGCAUUAAUGAAUCUCUCAGUGCUCGGCAGCUUAAUGUAUCGGGCAUAAACAUAAGAAUUGUUAAACCCACAUGGUGGCCUCAGGAAUUUCAAACAGAAACAAUUUCUGCCAAAGAUAUAAAAUAACAGCAUUCGCGACUAACAUUGUGAUGGAAGAUUUUACUAGUACACCAGUGGAUAAAUCUGAUAUCUGCAAAGAUGCUACAGAAUACUUCUACGAAUCAACAAACAGCAAAUGCAUGCGGCACUUUUACAUGUUCUUUUUGUUAUUUAAAGGAACGUUACGAU